UGGUCAAACAGGUUUGACAAGAGUGUACAUCACCCGCCCUCCAGACUGGCAAAGGCAAAAAGUGUGUGAUGCUGCCUAUUUAUGACGCCGCCUACAGUCCUAGUGCGCACAUCGCCUGUGCUUUCAGACUCCCGAGUCCAUAGCGCUAAAUUACUUUAUCAAAAACCUGUUGAGGUAAUCCUUGCAUGACCCUUAGAACUUUCAAUUUUGGAGGUUUCUAGUAACUGUUUGACAUUUUGUCAGUCUUUAAGGCCUGAGCAAACUGCCAAUCCGAUGUAUCGGACAUGGCUACAGUUCCUCGCGCUUCUGGGUGGAUUUGCAGUGCCAGGUGUGCUGCGAGUCGGUGGGAUGGAGGUUUUUAUGUCCAAUGAGGUGGAGGCAGUGAACGGGACAGAAGUGAGACUGAAGUGCACCUUUAAGUCCAAACACCCCGUGUCCCUCUCCUCUGUGUCUGUCUCCUGGAACUUCCGUCCCUUGGGCCCGGGAGACGAGGAGUCGGUGUUUUACUACCAGGAUACGGCAUACCCCCCUACAGAGGGGCGGUUUAAGGGCCAUGUGGUGUGGUCAGGGGACAUCCUGAGACAGGACGCCUCCAUCAGCCUCCAGGACGUUCCCUUCACCUUCAACGGUACCUACACCUGCCAGGUUCGCAACCUGCCUGACGUCCACGGCAUCAACAGAGAGGUCACCCUCAGGGUCGUCCACAAAGCCUCCGUCUCUGAGAUAGGCAUGCUGGCUGUAGCCAUCGGGGCAGCCAUCGCCAUAGUCCUGGUGGUGCUGGGCAUCUUUGUGGUGUUCAAGUACCGCAAACUCAACCGCCACGCCAACACAGACCUGGAGCUGCAGGGGAGGGAACUGCAGGAGAGAGAGUUAAAUGCCAGGGUCCUAGAGGAAAGAGAGCUAAAUGCCAGGGUCCUAGAGGAGAGAGAGCUAAAUGCCAGGGUCCUAGAAGAGAGAGAGCUAAAUGCCAGGGUCCUAGAGGAGAGAGAGCUAAAUGCCAGGGUCCUAGAGGAGAGCGAGUUAAAUGCCAGUGUCCUAGAGGAGAGAGAGCUAAAUGCCAGGGAGAAGAAGGAGUGGAAGGACCCUACAGUGUGUUGAGGGGUCUAGGGGGGUCCAGGGGUCAGGGCCAAAUCCCCUCCCUACCUCUGCUGGUGUGGGCGAGGUGUCCUGUUUGGAUGGACUGGUCUCUGACUAGAGGGGCUGGCCAUUCCAGGUCCACUCUGUUUGGGAGGACUGAUUAAUUUCUGGGGGGGGGGGGGGGGGGGGUCCUGCUUUCUUCUACCGUCUGCUCACAUGAGUCGCCAUUCAGACUCAACUUGCUACUGUAGUUGAACUUAACCCAGUAUUAGUGAUCCCUUUACAUUCCACCACUUUUUUAGGCAUCAUUUCAUGUUUUUUAACAAACAGCUAUGUUAUUGUAUUUUAACUAUGUAGUAUUAUGACUACUGGUAGUCUAUUUGAGUCAAUAAUUUUACUGAGUAAUAGUCCAAGAGAUACCAGUAUGUUGGAGGAAUUUUUUUUAACCAAAAUUGCUGUUCUUUGGAACUUUUUCACUAACAUCAACUCACACUGGGACUGCUGGCCCAGCUGCCUGGCCUGGCCUGUUAUGUCUGUCUGUCUGUGCUUCUCUCCAUUAACUCUUGUUAGAUAUGGCUGAAUUGGCACCAGCUGCAGUCUCUUGAUGUGGUGGCAUCCAACUCAACUAGCAGACUGGUUCAGCAACUCUUUGCUCCAGUAUGCAUCUUCUUCUUCAUCACAUUUGGGAUGGUAGCCAUUUGAUCCAAAUUUGUUUACAGAAUUAUUUUACCACUUGAAUAAUCAACAUUCCUCUACAGUUGAGCUAAUGGCUCAUAUGGACAUCAUUCCAAAAUGAAUGUUUUUGACAGCAAAUUUGUGAGUGAGUUUUGUGGUUAUGGUCAAGGUCCCAUGGUGAGUUAAGUCAGUGAAACACUUUUGUUAAACCUGUGGUAUCUGGGGGUUGCUAAGGUAAGGACAAGGGCUGGUGGAAGCCCUGUAUCUGGCAGUGGCUAAUGUUAAGGCUAAGGGCAUUGGGCAGUAAGGCUUUUGGAAGCUUUCCUGGGCCAGGAGUUUUCUGUGACUAUCUGCCAUUUAGUUUUUCUGGCCAACGCUCUCCUGCUUCCUGCAAAAAUGACAACUUAAAUGACUGCCUAUUACUUCUGGAUAUAAAAGGAACUGUGAUACAUCUUUGAAUGUAGAUGAAGAACCCCACCAUUCCAUGAAGAAGCCUGUUUACCAUGAAGAAGCCUGUUUACCAUGAAGAAGCCUGUUUACCAUGAAGAAGCCUGUUUUCCAUGGGUUCUGUCAUUUUUGUGAACUGAUGUUGCCACCAUGUGUCCAUUAUAGGAAGCAGCUCCAUCUUUCUCCAUCUGUGUCCACACUGAGGAUCAUGGGUGUUGUGGUCUCAAAGGUUUCUCCCUCUCUCAUAUUCUGCCUCUCCUGUUGUAUUACAAAGCUGCCCAUGAGCCAAAUGAACAGAGGAGUCUAUCCAAGACACUGCCAACACCCCAGUCUGCCGCUCACUCCUACAGUGUACAUGAGUAUGACUUUCCGUUUAGGAGAAACAUGAAGAUGUCACUGACCCAAUCAUGAGGACAUUGCCAGUCCAUUCUAGCAGGAUACUCUACAAGGUGCUGGUUCUGUUCACCUGCUUGUGCAGUUAUCCAAUCUGAUGUGUUAUGUCCCACCUGAUCAAUACCUGCCGCCACCCAGCCCCAUUACCCUCCCAUGGGACUGGAAACAGUAUUCUCCUGGUAAAGAAUUCCAUGAAUGAUUCUAUUGAUUUAUUUCAUGUAUGCGUUUGUAAAGAUCAAAACUGUAUAUUUUAUCACACGUUUUAUAAGGUUGAGAGAUUUAUAUUAUUGUGUGUUUUUCAAUAAAGGAAUGCUUGUUUUGAUGGUUUUAACUCGAAA